UUUGUGAAUAGUUGAUAUGAAAAAAGAAGAAUAUGAAAAGCAAAAUUGAAAGUCGUUAAGAAUGUCGGCAAGCAACGAAACUAGCAAGAAAAAACAUAAUUAUUCCUGGGAAACCGAGGAUUGGGCGCAAGUCAGUUUUGCCCCACGAUCAUACCAAAUUACAACUAAUCCAGAAAUCUUUCCUGGUGUGUUGCCUGUAAGACAUCUUUCAAAUCACAAAAAAAGAUCUCAAAAGACAUGCUGAAACUUCAAAACAUAAAAAUAAAUUCGAGGAUCUCUAUGCAAAAAAUACAUUGGAAAAAUAUAGUACAAUACCCGUUACAACGAACUCAAAAAUUAUGGAUAUUAAAAUUGCCAUUUUUACUGCAAGACAUUCCUCAAUUUCUUCAGUGGAUCACCUCACAAAUAUGUUAAAAUCAUUUCCAUAAAGGAGUUUGAUAAACUUCGCCUGCACCGCACAAAAUGCAGCGCAAUUAUCAAAUAUACAAUUGCACCUGUUAUUCUAUCAAAAUUAGUGAAUGAUAUUGGUAAUUCUAUAUACUCCAUUAUAGUUGAUAAAUCAACGGAUAUUUCCAACAAUAAGUGGAUGAGUAUUUGUGUCCGAUACUUUAACAAAGAAAAAUGCAACAUCAUAACAGAUUUUUUAGGAUUGUUUUUGGUGGAAGAGGCGACUGCUGAAAAAUUAUACGAAGGUCUAACUACAUAUCUUAAUAAAGUAGGACUAAAAUCGAAAAACAUUUUAGCCAUUGGAACAGACGGAGCAAAUAAUUUAUGCGGCCAAAGGAAAAGUCUGUAUACACUUUUAAAAAAUGAUAAUUCCAACUUAAUUCUGGUAAAGUGCUCAUAUCAUUCGUUGCAUUUGUGUUGUUCAGAGGCUUCCAAACAGUUUCCGCUUGAUUUAGAAUUUCUAGUAAGAGAAAUUUUUAAUUAUUUUAACAAUAGCCCAUUAAGAAGUGUAAAGUACAAGCGAGUGUUUGAUCUAAUAAACACCGGCACUGAUUCAAAUAAAUUUAGAAAGCUGGUUCAAAUAUCCCCAACAAGAUGGCUUUCUCAUGGCCUAGCAGUCAAAAGGGUUCUUGAACAGUGGGUAGAACUGAAAUAUCAUUUUUCUAUAAUAGCAACAACAGAAGCGGAAAAAACAGCCCAAAUUAUUAAUAGACUAAUGAUUUGGAAAAAAAUAAAAGAGGUUCUAGAUGUGGAUACAUCAUUUUUACCAUUAGACAAUAUGGAUUUUGGAUGUGAUUUUGAAAACGAUUUUAAUGUUCAAAUAGAAAAAUCUUCAGAAAUUAGAAAAACCUGCUUCUUAUAUCUGAAAAAUUUUGUGAUUCAAAUGUUAAAACGUUUUCAAACAAAUAUGAUGUUUUUUAAAACAUAUAAACAAUUUUCUCCAAGUAUAUGCUGUAAUCCAAUGGACCAACCCAAUUUUUCUUCUAUUGCUAAAAUAUUAAAACCAGUAUUAAAGGCAAAUAUCCCAAUAGACUUAUAUGAAGAGCAAUGGAAAAAAUGCCAUUUGUAAAAUGGAACGAUUGUUUUGGAGAAGAGUCUGGACAAAAUUUAAAUGUAUUUUGGAGUAAUGUUUAUUGCUACAAAGAUUCUGGAGGUUCUAAACCAUUUAAAGAGCUUGCUGAACUUGUUUUAAAUAUUCUUUGUGUACCAACAAGUAACGCUUGCGUUGAACGCGUUUUUUCAAUAAUGAAUCUUACCGAAACAAAAAUACGAAAUAAAAUGCAAUAUGAAUUAUUAGAAGCUCUUCUUAGACUAAACAUAAAUAUAACAAAUAAUUCUGUUUGCUGUGAAAAGUUCGAACCAUCUCCUGAAAUGUUGAAACUUUUUAACUCAAAUACAAUGUACAAUAAAAUUUCUGAAGCUAAUGAUUCGGAGGACUUUGAUAACGAAAUUUUUGAAAUAGUCAUUAUUGGCCAAUAGUCUUAUUAAUUACUAAAUUUUUAUAUUAUUAAAUAUUGAACUAAUCAAUCAAUUUUUAUUUUGACUAGAGUAAACAACCUUUAGGUAGUUUAUAAAAAUGAAUUUGAAUUAUUUUAUUAAAAGUAAUAUGUGUACUUUUAUGUACAUACAUAUAUGGUAAUAUUGAACUCGACAUUAAUUUGUACUUAUAUACAUAUGUGCACAUAAAAUAAAUAAAUUUUUAAAUUAAA